AACUAUCUUUUGAAUUAGAAAAUAAAAUGUAACCGUCUAAUUUGUGGUUGGAGAUUGGCCAUGGUUCAUCAGUUCAUAAAGUUAGGAACAGGUUGUUCAUUGCUCAACAACAGAUUGAGCCACUCAUACGGCUUCAUUUAUAGAAGAUAUCAUUGGGUUUAUAGAAAUGGUGAAGAGGGAUAUGAUGAAAAUGAAAUCGAAUCGAGGUUCACUUCGCUGUCGCCAGGUGGAAGCAUUGAUCUGAAAUUAGGAGAAGUUUCUGUUGUGACAAUAAAUAAUCCAGAAAAAAGAAAUGCGUUAACAGGAAACAUGUUGGUGGAGAUGAGAAAUGUUGUGAAACAAUUGUGGAAAUCGAAAACUACAAAAGCUGUUGUGUUGUGUGGAAAAGGUGAUGCAUUUUGUUCAGGACUUGAUUUUGGACUUGCUACACAGCUGACAGAACCACAGGAUGGAACAAAUAUGUGCAUGUAUAUGCAAAAUACCAUGACACUGUUUCAACUACUUCCAUGUAUAACAGUAGCAGCAAUCAAAGGAGGAGCUCUUGGAGGCGGGGCUGAGGUAGCCACUGCUGCAGACUACAGACUGAUGUUUCCUGACUCAAUGAUUCAAUUUGUUCACAAGAAGAUGGGAAUCAUACCAGGUUGGGGAGGAGUGUCAAGGUUGCGUGACAUUGUCGGUUCCAGAAAAACUAUGCAUUUGCUUGCAUCUUCAAUGCAGAUUGACUGUAAAUCUUCCUUGCUCAUUGGACUGGCUGAUGCAUUGGUUUCAGAAACUGACGAAGAAGACCUUUCUACUUCUGACGUAGCAGAAAAAUGGUUGGAACAAACUUUCAAACUCUGUGAAACGGAUGCCAGUGUAUUGCGAGCCAUAAAAGCAGCUUCUUAUGAUUCAACUAUGGAAAACAACCGCACUUUACCUUUAUUUUUCAAACUAAAAAGGGAAAAAGAUAUCUUAAGCAGUGUGUGGGGAAGAACUGCGAACAAGAAGGCUUUGAAUAAAGUCAGAAUGAAAAAUUCUUAAAUAUUGUGUGCAAUA